AUGAAACACCCGUAUGAGGAAUUCCCUACAGGAUCCAAGUCGCCAUACAACAUGCCCAGAGGAGCCCAUCCUGGCGCUGUUUUGCUCUCGCCACAAUCAUCUGCCAUAAACAAUAAUAACAACAGUGCGGGCAGCAACAAUUGCAACAAUAAUCAGGGCAAUUCAUCCGUGGCCACGAACGUUUUGUCCCCUCAAUCUCACAGUAUGUCGCUCAAUGAUAUGCUGGAUCAGCAAUCCUUCAUGCUGGAUGCCACAGGCUCUAUGCCCCAGCCACUCCAGCAACAACAACAGCAGCAACAACAGCAGGCAUCUUUGCCUUCCCUUAAUAUUCAAACAAUAUCGUCCACGGCAGCUGGUUCUGCUAUCGUUUCCCCCAUGAUGCAAUCACCAAAGGCAUUACAGUCCACUUUAUCUUCAACGUCGAUGUACUUGGAUUCCUUCCAGAGAUCUUCAAAUAAUAUUUUGGGUCUUCCAUCGCAAAAUAGCUCAAUGCCCUUACAGCAAUCACGUCAACCGCAACAGCAACCCCAACCCCAACCUCCAAAAAAUGAUUCGAAGACAGCCAUAAAUUUCAGCCAAGAUAUCAACCAAUUGUGCUCUUGGAUAUCAAUGCUGAAUAGUAACCAACAAAACACUGUAAUGGACAAUAUCCUCUCUGUUUUGCAUGACGAUGUUUUGAAAUACACUAAAUUGAAAUUAGACACCUUAACAAACACUUCAUUCAUGUCAUCGCAGCUUCCCGCCAUCGCAUCCCCAAUACCUAACAGGGACGAUACACAGAUUUUGAAUAUCGAUUCUGUUUUUUCUUCAAGUCCAAUCACCAAUGACUCUGAGAAUACUGAUAAUUUGCUGUAUCAGAAUUGGUCACCUCAACCACAUUCAAUACCAAUUGCCCAACCUGUUUACGAUAACAUCACUGACUCCGGCCAACGGUCCAAAUCAGCAGAACCUCAUUCCAAUACGAAUCCAAAUCUCAUUCCACUUCAAAAGCAAUUCGAUGGUAACAGUGCCAAAUACAAAAAGUCACCAUCGGAUAACUCCGCUUACGUUGCACACUCCCUUUCAACUUCCCAUUCUUACUUUCAACCAAAGAAAAGGACAAGCAUGGCGAAUGAGUACAACUCCCACCACCACCAUUCAUUGCAUCAUCCUUUACAUAAUUCAACUUCAUACUUUUCUAGCAGUCCAAGAUCAUCAGGAACUGAAGCAUUGAGUAAGUCCAACCAAAAUGUGUUUAACACUACCAACGACCACCUCAAUGUUGGUACUGGUGCUACAAGCACUACACCUGCAUCUACACCAUCUAACGGAAACACACCACUAUCGAGUAAUUCUUCAAUGAAUCCAAAGAGUUUAACCGACCCAAAAUUAUUAAAGAAUAUACCCAUGUGGUUGAAAUCGUUGAGGCUACACAAGUACUCAGAUGCCUUAAGUGGGACCCCAUGGAUUGAACUGAUUUAUUUAGAUGACGAAACUUUAGAAAAGAAGGGUGUUCUCGCAUUGGGAGCAAGGAGAAAACUUUUGAAGGCUUUUGGAAUAGUUAUGGAUUACAAAGAACGUGAUUUAAUUGAUAGAUCUGCUUAUUAA